AUGUCAGCGAAGACCCAAGGAGAACAUGAAGAACAUGGCCAUGCGUUCCGAGCCGGUCACAUUACAGUCUGCUACCCAUCUGGACAGGCGAACGAGUACACGCUGGGCUGUCUCAUCCCGGCCAUCGAGCAAGAACUGCCGGGGUGGACCAUCGACAGUAGCAUCUCACAUCUCGGCCCAGCCAGCCGACCCGGCUCGGUGCAAUGGUCGGACUACGACCAGAUCAACUGGGCUGCCCUCAAGUCGUUCCCUCAAGAAACCCUCUUCAACGCCUACCCGAUUAGAAAGGCAUUGAUCCGAAAAAACUACUUGAUCAAGGCUGUCGAAGCCUAUGCAGUCAAGAAGAAGCCCACGAGUGUCGACGAGGCCGGUUGGCAUGCGAUCACGAUCCCGAAGUCGUACCCGUUCACACUCUCGUUCUCGGAUGAAUUGGACGAACUCUGGGCUGACGAGUUGUACGAGCUGGCGGAAGAACUGAACACCAACGUCCCUCUCGAAGGCAAACACCCCAAGAAGGUGUGGAUCCUGAAGCCUGCCCUCGCCGAUAAGGCCCAAGGAAUCCGGCUAUUUCGCUCCAGGGAGGAGCUCUACGACAUUUUUACAGAGUUCGAAAGGCUCGAGGAACUCCUCGAAGAGCAAUCCCAAGAAAUCAAUGAUCAGCAACAAGAUGACCAAGGAGCCAACGACGAGCAGCGUCAGACGUGGGUCUCCGUCUCCCAAAUGCGAGACUGGAUCAUUCAGGAAUACGUCUCCAAUCCGCUGCUGAUCGACCCUGCCAAACCGGAAACUUACUCUACCGAUAAAUCAAUCGAUCGAUCGUCUUUCCAUAAACAUCAUCUGAGGGUUUACGUUUUGGCUGUUGGCGCGUUGAGUGUUUAUGUGUUCGAAGAUAUCCUUUCGCUGUUCUCAUCCAAGAUGUACACCCUUGACGACCUCAGCGACUUGGGUGUACACCUGACGAACACGUGUUUACAAGAAAGUUUGUCAGGAGGAGGGGGAGGAGGUUCGACGGGGGAGAAGCCCCAGGUGACGGUCUCGAUCGGCAGCCAUCCGGUCCAGGUCCUCGACCAGAUCGACUCCAUCCUCGCCAACCUCUUCUCAUUUGUUGCCCAGAAUGACCCGAUCAACUUCCAGCUUAAUCCCAAUUGCUUCGAAAUCUUCGGAAUUGACUUCUUGGUCGACCAUAACUUAAAAGUCUGGCUCUUGGAAGUCAACUCGGGCCCGGAUUUCAGUCAAACCGGAGACGACCUGAAGCCGACGAUCAAAAGAUUAUUCAAGAGCACAAUCGCUGUCCUCAAGUCUGAAGUGCCUCUCCUCCGUCGACCAUCACCAACAGAAGCCCAAUUUCUUUCCAAAUCUGAGCCCCUGAUCCCUUCACCCCCACGUGUAGCUCCUUCCAAUUCGAAAACAUCAGACUCUUCUACUGCAGACCUUCCCCCUCGGCUUCGAUACCCUCAGGAACUCCUUCCGUUCCGGAAAGUCUUGGAGCUCCAAACUAGCAUCUCAUUUUGCUAA